UUAACCUAAAAUUCACUGAAACACGUAAUGUAAAUUAUUUUUAAUGAACUUGUACAAUACCGAGCAGUAUUAUGUUUGCCCAACAAAUUCUCAUAAUCGUGUAAUAACAAACUAAUUAUUUACGCUACCACGAAUAUGUUUAAAAUAUGGAUGAAGGAAAUCACAUGACUAGUAUCAUUAUACCUGUAUACAAUGGGGCACCCUGGAUUAAUCGUUGUUUUCAAAGUAUAUUAAAACAAUCCGCUAUCAGCAUUUUAAAUAUAGAAAUUUGCGUGUGUGAUGACGGAAGUACAGAUGAUACUUCCAGACUACUACUAGAAUGGAGAAAUAUAUUUUCCUCACAUGAUGUUCGACUUAACGUAAUCAGAAACCAAAGUGGAGAACCCAAAGGCGUUGGGUUUGCUAAAAAUCAGGCAAUUUCCUUGAGCCGAGGCAGUUAUCUGUGCUUCCAGGAUAUUGAUGAUGUAAUGCUACCCAACAGAAUUCUGAAACAAUUUGAAGUUGCGUUAAAAAGUCCAAACAAUGUGAUUGUAGGUUGCCAGUUUAAAAGAGAACCUGACAAUUCUACUAUAAGAUAUACAAAAUGGGCCAAUUCCCUAACACAGGAGCAAUUAAAUUUGCAAGUUUUUACAUCUCACGGCCCCACUGUUAUAAUGCCCACCUGGUUUUGUCAUAAAGAUGUUUUUGUGAGAGUGGGAGGUUUUUUCGAAAGUAAAAAGGGUACUCCAGAAGAUUUGGUGUUUUUCAAUAAGCAUUUGGACCUUGGAGGCAAAAUUAUUAGAGUUGAUGACAUACUGUUGAUUUAUACAUUUCAUCCCAAUCAAACAACCUUUUCCAUAGCCGAGGAUACAAUUUGGAGUCUAAGGCUGGAAAGACUUGAAAGGGUACACCUUGCAAAUUGGACAAAAUUUACAAUAUGGAAUGCGGGGAAACAAGGUCGGAAGUUCUAUAAUAGUUUGUCAUUAGAAAAUAGGGACAAGGUAUUAGCUUUCUGUGAUGUAGAUUUAAAUAAAAUUGGAAAAAGGUAUGCUUCAUAUGAUGCGGUACAGAGGAAAAUGGGCAAAGAGGUAGACAUUAUACACUUCAAAGAUGCAGUACCACCCUUUGUUAUUUGUAUGAAAAUUGACCUUACGGAGGGAGUUUUUGAGAAAAAUUUAAAAACUUUGAAUCUGAAGGAAGGAGUGGAUUAUGUUAUGUUUAGCUGAUUGUAUAUUAAAUACACAUGUUCUAACCUAAAAAUAUAUAUUAUGUCAAGAUUGUUAA